AUGAGUAAUACAACAACUACCUCUACAACUAAAAGUAAUAAAAAUAAUGAAUAUACUAUAACUUCCAAACCAACCUAUUGUAUGAGUUCUCUGUUCCUCGGUACAUCUGCAUACUUUUACAGCAGGAAUAAACCACUGAUGACAAGAAUAUCAUUGGUAUCAUCACUUCUAUUUGGUAUAUCUGGUGCAUUGAUCGAUUAUAACUAUGUAAAUCAAGGUACUCUGAUUGCAGGUGGUUUAUCAGCUGCAUUGGCAGCAUCAACAACAGCCAAUGCUCUCUCACAAAGAAGACUAUUCCCAUUGGUUUUGGGAACAUUGUCAUUCUCAUCGAUGGCAUAUCAUGCUUUCUUCCCACUGUAUAACAAUGUUCACGAAGUCAGAGAUCUCAUAGACGAUUUCAAUGCAAAAGUUAAAGAGAAAUCAAACAACAAUGAUGAUAAAUAA